CCGAAUCCACAGCUGCUGAGCUUGAGGAGCGCAGGUGGGAAAGGGGAGGCCGGGUCAAGGGCCGCUGCCUAGAAAGAAGAGCCCUCAAGGCGCCCGCUCUUCCCGGAGCCUCUCUCCAGACGGGGGCGGGGCGGCGGGGGUAGGCAGGCUGGACAAGGCCAGCCAGGGCAAGGGGACAGUGAGGCCCCCUCUAAAGGCAGGACCCACAGGCAGGAUGGGUCCACAGGAAGUGGGGCUGCACUUGAUGCCUGGGGACCCCAAGUCCUUACCACCCAGGGGCUCAGCAGGGAUUGCCCAAACCUGUGGAAAGCCACCAGGGUCAGCGUGCCCACCGCUGUUCCCACAAGGGCUGACACCCCUGCCUCUGGCUCAGUGGGGAGGGAUGGAGGGUGGGCCCGAGUGGCAGUGGCUGGUGUCCUCGCAGUGGAAUCUCGUGUGUGGGGACGGCUGGAAGGCUUCAUUGCAGCACAUGGGCCAUCUCCUGGGCCGGCUGCUGGGCGCAGCACUCCUGGGUGCAGGCUGUGACAGGUUUGGCCGCCGGGCUGUUUUUGUGGCCUCCCUGGUCCUGGCCACUGUCUUCGGCGCCAGCGGGGCUCUGGCUGCCAGUUUCCCUGCCCUCCUGGCCCUGCAGCUGCUCCACGGAGGCUCCUUGGCCGGGGCCACCCUGGCCCUCUAUGUGGCGCGCCUGGAGCUGUGUGACCCCAGGCAUCGCCUGGCUUUCUCCUCGGGUGCCAGCCUCUGCUGGGUGCUGGGUGCACUACUGCUGCCCGGGCUGGCCGUGCUGGCACAGGACUGGCGCCUUCUGCAGGGGCUGAGUGCUCUGGUGACCGGGCUCCUGCUGCUCUUUUGGGGGUUCCCAGCCCUGCUCCCCGAGUCUCCCUGCUGGCUGCUGGCCACGGGACAGGUGGCCCAGGCCAGGAGGAUCCUAUGGCACUUUGCGGAGGCUAGCGGUACAGACCCUGAGCAUGGCUCCCUGGAGGACAGCUCCCUGGCUACAGAGCUGGCCCAGUUGGCCACAGGCAGCAUCGAGCCUCGGUACCACUCAGUCCUGGGCCUCCUGCAAACCCAAAUCACCUGGAGAAACACGCUCAUCCUGGGCAUCAGCUCGCUGGUUGGUGGGGGCGUUGGAGCCAGCUUCCUGUGCCGCCUGGCCCCACCAGAGACACCCUUCUACCUGCGCUAUUUCCUGGAGGCCGGCCUGGAGGCUGUGGCCAUUAUCUGCCUGCUCCUUACCGCAGAUCGCUGGGGUCGCCGCCUCGUCCUGCUGCUGGGCACCCUGGUCACAGGCCUGGCAUCCCUGCUGCUGCUUGCUGGGGCUCAGUACCUGCCAGGCUGGGUCUCACUGCCCCUGUCGGUCCUGGGCCUCCUGGCCUCCCAGACCGUGUCGGUGCUCAGCAGCCUCUUUGCGGCUGAGGUCUGCCCCACAGUGAUCAGGGGCACUGCGCUGGGCCUUGUGCUGGGUGCCAGGUCCUUGGGCCAGGCAGCCGUGCCCCUCACAGAGAUGGCCGGCCAGCGGGGCUUCUUCCUGCAGCACACGGUGCUGGCCUCCCUGGCCAUCCUCACCCUACUCUGUAUCCUGCUCCUGCCCGAGACCUGCGGCCAGGCACUGCCUGUGUCGCUGGAAGAUUCCGACCGCUUCCACUGCCCCCAGGACCACCUGCCCCUUCUGCUGCCCUCCCACUGAAGAUGGGUGCCGGCGGGCUCUGAGCCUCCAAGGCUGGGGGAUCCACAGCGGGCAGUGCCCCCCAGCUCAGUGUGGGUGCCCACAGCC